AUGACGUGUAUAGCCGACAUUCUUGAUCGACCGGAAAGAAGGGGCGACCGAGCUGAGGCCCUCCAAAAUUUGCGAUCAUUACGGGAUUUCGUCGCGACUAUGGAUCCCGGCUAUGAGACACCAGGCAAUAUUUCAUCUCUCCUCGACUCGAGCGUGACGAAUCCGAUGUCCAUCCAGAGCGAAGCCGUUGCUGCAGCAUGGCCAGUGAACCAGCAGCACGAACAGAGCGCCAUCAAUGACGCAUUGAUACCGACGGCAUCCUCCCCCGUAAUUGUGGAAUCCGCCGGCAAGGAUAUUUCGCGAUCUGGCAAAUACCCAAGGAGACCUCCAGAGGACCGUGCACACGCGGCCGCCGCAUCAAAUCGGGUGGACCGUGGUUUGGGAGAGGCUCAUGAUAACGCAGUUCUUGAAUCCUUGGAGGAAGUUCCUGCGGCGGCCAUUUUCAACCGAAGGGAUCCUGGAUACGACCCCAUAUUCCUACCCAACGAGAGGCAACUGCUGGGUCUCUUGGAUAAGCGUCAGUGA